AAUAUUGGGAGAAGCCCUGCGCCUCUUGGGGGAAUACACAAACAUGGAACAGCUUUUUUUACGGAAGGAACCAAAAUGCAACGAAACAAAUGUCUCACGAUGCUUUAGGAAAGGAGUUAGAUCUUUUAAUUAAGUACCUAAAACCAGAAACGAAGGAGAUUCAGAAGGCUUACGCAAUACAGAAGGAGCUUCGUAAUCCUUUAAAAAGAAAGAAAUACGAAGAAAAAGAAAAUCUUCUACCACCGCCAAAAAAGCAACAAUCACCUAUUAUCCUUUUCUGUCUUAUCAAAGGAGAUGUAUCUGCACGUGCAUUUCCA